UCAAACUAGGAGCUUUUCCUUAAUUCAACGUAUGAGUAAUUAAGAUCCAACGUAAUAAAAAUUCAAUGGCCAACCGGUUGUGACGUCUCCAUAGAGCUUCCCUCCUCUUUCCCCAGGUGAAGAUUGGUUAGAUCUCUGGAUCUCGACUCUCUUUCUCCCUUUCUCCGAUCCUGCCUGUUUCCUUAUUUUUCCUUCAUCAAUUAACAUUUCAGUGUUUGCAAUAUUGUUUACGUUCAUUUCCUGGUUUGUUCAAUUACCAGAAAUCGUCCUUUUGUUCUGUUCCCCUGCACCUUCAUAGGGCUAUUGUUUCCGAAUUCGUUUUAAACUCCUGUGUACCUGAGGAAUCAAAUGGCUGCUCCACCCGCCAGAGCUCGAGCCGACUACGAUUACCUCAUCAAACUCCUUUUAAUCGGUGACAGUGGUGUGGGUAAGAGUUGCCUUCUUUUACGUUUUUCAGAUGGUUCCUUCACUACCAGUUUCAUAACUACAAUUGGCAUUGAUUUCAAGAUAAGGACUAUAGAACUUGAUGCGAAGCGAAUCAAACUUCAAAUAUGGGAUACUGCUGGUCAGGAGCGAUUCCGGACAAUCACUACUGUUUACUAUCGUGGAGCAAUGGGUAUUUUGCUGGUGUACGACGUGACUGAUGAGUCAUCAUUUAACAACAUCAGAAACUGGAUCAGAAAUAUUGAACAUCAUGCUUCUGAUAAUGUCAACAAAAUGUUGGUCGGGAACAAGGCUGACAUGGAUGAAAGCAAAAGAGCUGUCCCAACUUCUAAGGGUCAAGCACUAGCAGAUGAAUAUGGCAUUAAAUUCUUUGAGACUAGUGCCAAGACCAAUAUGAAUGUUGAGGAGGUCUUCUUCUCAAUAGCUAGGGACAUUAAAACAAGGCUUGCUGAAUCUGAUUCAAAAACUGAGCCUCAGACCCUCAAGAUUAACCAACCAGACCAGGCAGCAGGAUCGACUACUGCAUCCCAAAAAUCCGUUUGCUGCGGUUAAUCUAUAUUUGCAAUCCUGAGGUGACGAAGACAUGGUAAUAGAAGAUUUAUCCUCGAUGGCAACCUUUUUGAUCAGUGGAGGAUCUUGUCUUAUCUUAAAAUAUUUAGUGUUGGCUGUAUUGAACUAUUGCUUGACUUCAAACAUUUUAGAAUCAACCAUUUUGCAUUAUCUUCAGCUGUUAAUUUCCAGUGAAAUAUUUGCUAGUACCUACAUUCUGUUCGA